GUUUUAACCUUUGAGGCUUCCUUUACUUCCCUUACCAGCUACCAACACAAAGUGCACUGUACUCGAUGGCCAAUUCUGCUGCUACUUCUUCUAUAAAUAUAAGGGAAAAAGGAGAGGAUGGCCAGCAACUUAACAAGGAUGAAAUCAGGACAUUGAUGUCUGAUAUUGAGAAAGAAGUAGAAAAGGUCAGCUCCUUGGAAUCCAUUUAUGAUAUAUACCGAGUUCCCAGGAUGCUUCACAAGCUAAAGCCAGAAGCCUACACACCUCAGUCAGUCUCAAUUGGUCCUUUGCACUAUAAGGAUGAAAACUUACGGAUCAUGCACACACAUAAAUUGCGCUAUUUAAAUCGCCUUCUGAAUCGACCCUGGGGGAAAACAUUAGAUGUUUAUAUCAAAGCUGUGAGUAAUUUAGAAGAAAAAGCUCGCAAAUGUUAUUCAGAUACCAUAAUGGAGUUGGGAAAAGAUGAGUUUGUGAAGAUGAUGGUGAUAGAUGGUUGCUUUAUACUUGAGUUCCUCAAGAUCAGUAUAUUAGGGCAGAAGGAUCAUUUCAUAUCAAAUGGGCCAUGGAAUUGGGAAAUCACUACUGACUUGAUUAAGCUUGAAAAUCAGCUUCCCCUCUUUGUUCUUGACCAUUUAUUUGGCCUAAUCAUUGACCGUGAUGAAGUAAUUCCCCCAGACAAUACCUUGACUAGCAAUCACAUUAUCUAUGCUUGUCUCUUAGAAUGGAUGGCAAAAGGGCUCCAUGGCCUAACCCUUCAUAGUUUUGAAGAUAUAAAAUCACUACCAAUCCCAGAUGGUGGAGCAAAGCAUUUUGUUCAUCUUUUACAAUGUGCCCUCGUCCCAUCAUCUCCAACAACUAGGAGGAGACAUGGUGAAAAGUAUUUGCCACUUAAGUAUUGUACCUCGCAACUUAGGAGUGCUGGUGUCAAGUUCCAGAAGAAGGAUCCUUCUGACUCUCCAAAGACAUAUUUAUUUGACAUAGAGUUCGAUGUAAACGAGGGAGUAUUGACAAUCCCAACUAUCUUGAUCUGGGACGAGACGGAACUCAUCCUUAGAAACCUCAUUGCCUUUGAACAAGGUGAAACCUGCAUUGAGUAUUUCACAGCCUACACAGCCUUCAUGGAUGGCCUCAUUGACACUGCCAGGGACGUGGAGUUGCUAGAGCAGAAGGGAAUUAUUAUAAACAACAUUGGCAGCCGAGAAGAUGUGGUGACCUUAUUUAACAACCUUAACAAACAUGUUGUCCUUAGAGAACCUUAUUUCUCUGGUAUUGUCAAGGAUUUGGAAGAGUAUCACAAUAAAGAAUAGAACCAAAGGAAGGCAGGUUUGAUGCAGAACUAUUUCAACACGCCAUGGUCAUCAAUUUCAGUCGGUGCUGCUGCGUUACUCCUUCUCUUGACGAUAAUACAGACUGUUUUUCCAAUCUUACAGUUUUACCACUCAACCUGAAAAAUGAACAAGCUAGUCAUCAACAUCUGCAAUGGUAGCCCCAAGAAUUGAUCCAAGCCAGGGAGUGAUCUUGAAUCAAGGGUCUUAGGCUUAACUGGGCUAGGUUUAUAUGGCCCCAACCAAACCUUUAUUUAUGUUGAAACAAUAUUAAACAUGUAUUUUCAUAUUAAAAUUUUAAAGAUAGCUUAC